AUGAUGCAAGAGAGAUAUGGCUAUGGCGGUGGCGGUGCACCGUCCCAACAAGGGCUCCUCCUCGUGGUGGUGGUCGGCGUGGUGGUCCUCGGCCCGUACAUCAUCGGCGAGCAAGGCCAGGCUAUGCUCGACUCCAUUAUAGAGCUACUUUCGCCCGCCAGCCUUCUCAUCUUCACCGUAGUCCUCCUCCUCACCAUCCAAUUCAUCUCGUCCAACCGCCGCGCGCAUUUCUCCCCCGGAGGCUAUCCUCCUUAUGGCGAACCAGAUCCGUUCGAGCGGUAUUUCGGGGGGUCGCCGUCGCCAGUCGGCGUCGCAUUGGUUCUCAUCCUGGUCUUGUUUCUGCUGCAGAACAAGAUAUCUCUCUUUGGUGGGGGCGAGGAGGAAGGAGACGAUGAGUGA